GGUGGAAAUUUCCAAAGUUGCAGCUAUUAGGGGGGAAAAGAUGGCUGAACUUGUUGUAGAUGUGCUUCAAGUAUUUGGAUCAGCUAUGAGGGUCAACGGAUACGACGAUGUUCAUGUUGUUGAUACUUCAUUCCGUUCGAAGUACUUUUUGUCCUCUGCUGACGGUCGUUUUCAGAACAUAAAGUCUUCCCCACACAGAAAGCGUCCAAGGAUAAGUAAUGACAAUUGUUUGACAACCUCACAAGAAUAUUGGGAAAAGGAUGUUACUAACAUGGAGUCUAAUAUUGUGCAUAAAGUAACUAUGCUCAAUCUACCCGAAGACGUUUUCCAACUCUCGAUUGAACGUCAACCUCAUGAAGUAGAUGUUACAUUUCAAGAUUCUGCGCAGGUCAAAGUUGUUUCUUCAGAACGGCGGAGAGAAAAUACCGAAUGUACAAUGACUUCGAGUGAUUCUCAUUCAUUUAGACCCAUAUUGCCAUGGAUAAAUGGUCAUGGAACAACUAACAAUAUUGUCUACAAGGGACUUAUACGGCGGGUCCUUGGAAUAGUGAUGCAAAAUCCUGGUAUUCUAGAGUAUGACGUUAUCCAGCAGAUGAACACAUUGAAUCCUUAG